AUGGGUAUUAUUUAUUCUCGACAAGGUCUAAAUAGUGGCGCACCCAAUUAUUUCAAACAAGCAUUGAAUCAUCAAGCACUAUUAGAAUAUUCACAUAACAAUGCACUAGCUGAUAUUUAUAAUAGUAUUGCCUAUGCUUACACUGGACUAGAUUCAAAUGACGAAGCAUUAGCAAAUCUACAAGAAGCUGAACGAAUAUUAACACGAGAAUAUCUUGCAUCAGCCUUUUGGCAACAUAGGCGAAGUAAAAGUGCAGUUGGAAAUACACCUCGAAAAUAA